CCUCAGGCUGAUCAAAACUCCACCGGAGCCUCACGAACGUCUUCGCUUCCUCUCUUCCUGGAAGCAGCCUUGCAGUCCCGAGCUCGGGGGUACCUCACGUCCAGCCUGCAAGCGAGGGUGCUACGGCGCAGCGGAUCUGCCCGCGUAACGUCGCUAGCUUCCCACUCGCUCUCCCGCGCGGCUGCCUUUAAAUCUGACCCCAGGACCUGGUCGGUGAGGUCUGGCCUGGUGACGCCACCGCUGGAGUUGGAAAGCGAAACCGCUCUGCUCUGCGAGCGGCACCGCCCGUGUCCGCCCCUGGGGCCGCGCGUAAGUUUCGAUUCUCCGUGAAGCCGAGUCCCGCGCAGCGGCCGGAGCAGCGACAGCCAUAGCGCGCCAUGACCGAUCCCGAGGUAUUCUGUUUCAUCACCAAGAUCCUGUGCGCUCACCGGGGCCGCAUGACCCUGGAGGAACUGCUGGGUGAAAUCAGGCUCCCCGAGGCGCAACUCUACGAGCUGCUGAAGACAGCGGGGCCCGAUCGCUUUGUGCUAUUGGAGACUGGAGACCAGGCCGGGAUCACUCGGUCGGUGGUGGCUACGACUCGAGCUCGCGUCUGCCGUCGCAAGUACUGCCAGAGACCCUGCGACAGUCUGCACCUCUGCAAGCUUAAUCUGCUCGGCCGGUGCCACUAUGCACAGUCCCAACGGAACCUCUGCAAAUAUUCUCACGAUGUUCUCUCGGAACAGAACUUCCAGGUCCUGAAGAAUCAUGAGCUCUCUGGGCUUAAUCAAGAGGAGCUGGCGGUCCUCCUGGUCCAAAGUGAUCCUUUUUUCCUGCCUGAGAUAUGCAAGAGUUACAAAGGAGAGGGCCGCAAACAGGUCUGCGGGCAGCCACAGCCGUGCGAGAGACUCCACAUCUGUGAGCACUUCACCCGCGGCAACUGCAGUUACCUCAACUGUCUCAGGUCUCAUAACCUGAUGGACAGAAAGGUGUUGGCCAUCAUGAGGGAGCAUGGGCUGAGCUCUGAUGUGGUCCAGAACAUCCAGGACAUCUGCAACAACAAACACACUCGCAGGAACCCCCCUGGCAUGAGAGCACCCAACCCACAUCGCAGAGGUGGGGCACACAGAGAGAGAAGCAAAAGCAGAGACCGCUUCCUUCACAACAAUCUAGAAUUGUUCUCAACUGUCUCACCUCUGGGAUCUGGUCCCCCUAGCCCAGAUGUCACCAGCUGUAAGGAUUCCCUGGAGGAUGUGUCUGCAGAAGUCACCCAGAAGUUCAAGUACCUGGGGACUCAGGACCGUGAACAGCUUUCCUUGGUCUCGUCGAAGGCUGCUGGUGUCCGAGGACCCAGUCCAAUGAGAGCAAGCCAGGAGUUUUCGGAGAAUGGGGAUCCAGAUGGCUUAUUUUCUAGGAAUCGUUCUGAUUCGUCCUCAAGUCGAGCCUCUGCUGCCAGUUUUCCUCUCGAUGCGGCACAAAGAAAUGAAGCCGUGGCCAUGAAAACAGGUGUGCCUUCUGGACACCUCAUGGAGGUCAAAGGCAAGAACAAGGUUCCAGACAUCGAUCACGUCCCACUUUUAAAUAGUUAUAUUGAUGAGGUGACAACGGAAGAAGCAACCAUCUCAGGAAUUCUGGGUCACAGGGCCACAGCCAACAGUCUGGAAGAAAUGAUAUUAUCUAGCAACCAUCAGAAGAGUGUGGCUAAGACCCAGGAUCCCCAGACCGCUGGCAGAAUCACUGACAGUGGCCAAGACAUGGCAUUCCUGCGUAGUAAAUAUGGAGAAAACUCAGCAUGGGCAGGUACACCUACCCAGAAUGGCCCAAAUGGCUCUAGUCAAAUAAUGGAUGAAAUGCCUAAUGUCUCUAAAAGUAGCCCCACUGGUUUUGGAGUAAAAUCAGCAGUUACUGGAGGAAAAGAAGCAAUCUAUCCCGCAGUUCAGAGUCUGAGAAACCAGGUCCUGGCUAUGCCAGGGGAGGCCACUACCCCAGUACAAGGCAGCAACAGGCUGCCUCCGUCGCCUCUGUCUUCCUCAAGCCACAGAGUUGUAGCCUCUGGGAGCCCUGGCAAGAAUUCCACCCAUGCCUCUGUGAGCCCAGCAAGUGAGCCCUCAAGGAUGACAUCAAGCCCUGCUGAGUAUCUCCCACAUUACAUCAUAACUCCUACAUCUCCUAGGAUGGAUGAUCAUGGCCCGAAGGAAAUCUGUCCGGACCAUCUGUACAAGGGCUGUCAACAGAGCGACUGCAACAAGAGCCACUUCCACCUGCCCUACCGGUGGCAGCUGUUCAUGUUUACCACUUGGAUGGACUUCCAGGACAUGGAGUCUAUCGAGCAGGCCUACUGUGAUCCCAAAGUUGAAAUCAUUUUGAUAGAAAAACAUCAGAUCAAUUUCCAGAAAAUGACUUGUGAUUCCUUCCGCAUCCGUCGCCUCUCCACUCCUUCACUUGGCAAAAACCCACCUAAUUCUGUCUUCGCCACCAAGUGGCUUUGGUAUUGGAAGAAUGAAUUGAAUGAAUAUAUUCAGUAUGGGGAUGAGAGCCCAAGCCACACCAUCUCUGACAUCAAUUCUACAUACCUGGAGUCUUUCUUCAACUUCUGUCCCAGGGGAGUUUUGCCGUUCCAUGCUGGCUCACAGAAUUACGAGAUAAGCUUUCAAGGGAUGAUUCAGACGAAUAUAGCUUCCAAGACUCAAAGACAUGUUGUCAGAAGGCCAGUAUUUGUUUCUUCAGAGGAUGUGGUGCAGAAGAGAAGAGGUCCAGACCAUCAGCCAGUGAUGCCCCAGGCAGAUGUUCUGACCCUGUAUUCUCCUCCCCAGAGGAAUACUAGCACUGUUCCUCCUAACGAAUAUGAGUUUCUAGAACUCCAUAGCCAGGAUAAAGAAUAUUUCACAAUAAGUGAACUGUUUAAAGCAUCCAUGAAACAUUUCAAGAUUGUGAAGAUAAAGAGGAUAUGGAACCAAAAGCUGUGGGACAUUUUUGACAGGAAGAAGCAAAAGAUGAAAAAUAAAAAUGAGAUGCAGCUGUUCAAAGCAGCAUGCCAUAAUCAUGUGGAUUACAUCUGUAAGAACAACUUCGAGUGGAUCCUCCAUGGAAAUCAGGAGACCAGAUAUGGAAAAGGAAAUUAUUUUGCAAAAGAAGCUAUCUGUGCCCACAAGAGUUGUUCAUAUGACACCAGAGGCACUGUCAUGUUCGUAGCCCGAGUCCUGGUUGGAAAUGUCAUUGAAGGAAAUAUAACAUUCAGUAGCCCUCCUGCGCUCUAUGACAGCUGUGUGGACACCAGGCUGAAUCCCUCCGUCUUUGUCAUUUUCCGAAAAGAACAGAUUUACCCAGAAUAUGUGAUUGAGUACGUGGAGUCAGAGAAAGAGAAAAGUUGCGUAAUUAGUUAGAAAGGACGAAUACCGUGCCAAAACCAAAUCAUCCCCAGACAAUGGAUAGGCUUUUACAUUCCCUUGCUCCAUUACCUAACGUCUUAAACCAGCUCCUUGCUUCCCCAACCCUUACACGUUGUUCCCGAGUCUAUUUUUUUUACCUCCCCUGUACCAGCCAUUCUGGUGUUCUUAUAGUCCUCCGUGUCUUUACACCUAAUUCAUUAGUUCUAGAUGAACUAUUCUGUCAGUUUUUAUCACCUGGUAGGCAAUAUCUGUUUUGUUUAGUAUUCAAAGUUCAAUUCGGGUAUAGAUUCUCCACAAAAUUACAUUAAUUUAAAAAUAUCAAAUUUACUAUAAUGUAAGAGGGAAAUAUAAGGUCAUAACUUCGGCACGACUUUAAGUACUAAGCCAUAAUAGAGUCGUCAGAUGCCUACACUUACCAUGAACCAGUAUGAGUUUGUAAGAAAGGAAUUGGAGGAACAUGAAAAAGCAGGGACAUGUGUAGACAUUAGAGUAAAAACUAACGAUACACGUUAUUUGCAAAUGUCAGCAACUAUCUGAACAUGGUAAGAACGAAAUACCUUCACUGAAAUAAAGAUACAGCACAACAGAACUUACAGAUUGUGGAAACAGCGAGGAUGAAGAGAUACAUUCUCGCAGACAAGCUGUAGGUCAUACACGAAUGUCUGAAGAGACAUUCAAAACUCGAAUAGGGCGCAGAGUAAUUUCUUAUUGUGAGCAGCUGCCCAGUGUAUGGAAAGAUGCAUAGUUGGCUCUCACAUGCUAAAUGCCAGUAGCGCCCUUCUUCGCCCGAAGUCAUGACAACCACAGACCCUACUAGACCUGCUCAUCCUUUUAAAGGUAGAUCUUUUAUAACAUCCUUUGCCAUCUUGAGAUGAUUUAUAGGUAAUAUAAUCUACAUUUGAGUUUAUUCGGACUUAAUUUAGUGCCCUACUUGUGUUAUAAUGGAAACUUAGAAGGUCAGAACUCUGUAAUGGACACAAAAAAUGUAAGUGCUCAGGCAUGACUACGCUAUCAGCUACGAAACACGUUAACGCUCACUAGGAAUAAGUUUGGCUUAAGAGUCCAGCAGGGACAACUUCCUGAGCUGAAUGAAGUACAGGAAAGAUGAAAGGGAUGCGUGGCGGAAUGCAGUAUUACGGCAUACCAUAGCAGAGUCUGUACCUAAUCUGUCUAUGGGGAAGGGAAGGGCGCAACUACUUUAAUUGAAAUGAUAGAUAAUAAGACAGGACAAAUUACAGUCUGUCUUGGAGGAAUCCAAGGAUUCUUUCUCAGACAAGUUGUAGGUCCCGCAUAAAUGUCCAUCAGGACAUUACACAGUCGUAAAGUUGCAGAACAGUUUGUGUGUGGGACUGACUCAUCCACACACAACAGGGCACUUGUUCUGCCUCAGGCUGCAUCUACUCAGUGCCCUUAAUAAACUUCAGAUACAAAACCAACAACUAUCAUUCUCUAGUAUACUACAAUGGGAACUGCUAAUCUAGUUAUUAAGAUCCAAGGCAGCUCUCUUGGAUCAAUUCAAUUGUUAUUUCUACUCUUUUACAACAGAAUAAACCAGAUCCUUGCCUCUCAAGCCCCUGAAUUUUAAAAAUCCUGUAUUCCUUGAUUUAUAAUCUUUUCUUGUUAGCUCAAUAAAGAGAAAAAAGUAAUUUGA